CUUUUCUUUUAUCUUAAAUUAUUAAUUGAAACAAAAGGGACUUAUCAACUCUUUAUCUUUUGUUUUUUUCCCCAGAUAACUGAGUCAGGCAAGGAGACGCUACCAACAUGGCUGCACUGGGACUGGAAGAGAAACAUCCUACAGGGUCUACCACUGGGGGAGGACAAGGGUGUCCACUAUAUCUCCGUCUCCACAUCCAACGGCAGCCAGGAUAUCUUCUCCGUCGAGGUUCACCCAGAAGAGCACGCUGACACCGACCCGAUCCAGGUAGCCAUCCAGUCAGCGUCCAACAACUCCAACAACGAGGUACAGCCAUUCGUCUGUGGCAARGAGGAGCCGGUGACGGUGCUCACAGUGAUUCUGGAUGCCGACCUGACCAAGAUGAGCUCCAGGCAGAGGGUGGAGCUGCUGGGCAAGAUGAAGAAGUUCUCUGGCGUGGCGCUCCAGCACAUGAAGAUACUUCCCGUGGUCAACAACAGAUUGUUCGAUAUGUCCGCCUUCAUGGCCGGACCAGGAAAUGCCAAAAAGGUGGUGGAGAACGGAGCCCUGUUAUCCUGGAAGCUGGGCUGUUCCCUGGACCAGAGUAACGUCCCUAAUAUUAGUAGCGUCCAGGCGCCGGCUAAAGAGGGCACUAUGUCGGCUCAGUUGGGAUAUCCGGUCGUCGGUUGGCACAUCGCCAACAAGAAGCCUCAUAUCCCAAAACGGGUGAGGCGCCAGCUCAACAAUACCCCUACUCCUGUUCUAGCUUUGCUUCCCCCAACGUCUGUCGUCGAGCCCCCUGUUCGCAUUGUACCCACCCUAUCGUCACCUGCCAUUGCUGCCCCCACAGACAGCUCUGCRCCACCCAUGAGAGGYCCUGUGCCCUUGCCCAUGAAGCCCACGAUCCGUGUCAGAGACUCUUAUUCCCACACUCCCACUCAGGGUGCACCCCUGCCAACCAGAGUGAUGGAGUCCACUAGUACCAUCUCCAUUSAACCCACCAUGACCAGGCAUACCGUUGUGGAAGCUACGCCGACACUCCCUCCACCCACCACAGUCGCCACCAGAAAGCCAACCAAGAAACCAAAGAGACCGAAGACCACUCCGAUGCCAAGGGAGCCCAAGACCACCACAGUCAAACCAGUCAGGCGCACCACCCCUUCGUCCAUCGUGCCUGACCCAAGAAACGAGAAACCAGAUCUCCGCAACCCCAUCGAUCAGGUCAAUGCCUUUGUGGGCACAUAUUUUGAAGUGAAAAUCCCAUCCGAUACUUUCUUUGACAAGGAGGACGGUACGACAGACAAGCUGAGGUUGACAUUGAGGAUGAACCACAACGAAGUGGUCGGAGAUGAUUCCUGGAUACAGUUUAAUAGCACAAGUCAGCUGCUGUACGGUCUACCUGACUCGAACCACAUCGGGAAGCACGAGUACUUCAUGCAGGCCACCGAUAAGGGCGGUCUGAACGCGAUCGACGCCUUUGAGGUCCGUGUGAACCGCUGGGCUUCCAACGAUAAGUCCCCGGUCUUGUUCCAGGCUCGCUUCCACGGGGAACCUCACCAGGUGACCAACGACAUCCACAAGAAGAUUUUGCUCAUCAAGAAACUGGCAUACUCUUUCGGGGACCGCAACAGCAGCACAGUCACCCUGAGGAACAUCACCAASGGAUCCAUCAUGGUGGCGUGGACCAACAACAGCCUUCAAGAGAACCCCUGUCCCAAGGAGCAGAUCCAGACCAUGUCCAGGAGGAUCUCUGACGCCCAGGGAAGGCCCUCCCAGACAUUCAUCUCCACCAUGGAGCCUGAAUUCAAACCCAUCGACAUCAAGGUCAAAGGGACAGCUGCCUGCCGGAACUACAUGUUCGUGCCGCCAAGUGAAAUCACCAUUCCUAUACCCCCGGCCGUCACCCCGACGCUCGGCYCCGGACGCCAGAGCACGGACGACGUCUACCUCCACACGGUCAUCCCUGCAGUGGUGGUGGCAGCCAUAUUGCUGAUCGCCGGCAUCAUCGCCAUGAUCUGCUACCGUAAGAAGCGCAAGGGAAAGCUGACCAUCGAGGACCAGGCUACRUUCAUUAAGAAGGGGGUGCCCAUAAUCUUUGCAGACGAGCUUGACGACUCCAAGCCCCCUCCGUCCUCCUCCAUGCCCCUCAUCCUGCAGGAGGAGAAACCCCCACUGCCUCCGCCAGAGUACCCCAACAUGGCCAGUCCAGAGACCACCCCCUUGAACCAGGACCUUCUGGGGGAGUACACAGCUCUGAGGGAUGAGGAUCCCAAUGCCCCUCCCUACCAGCCUCCACCCCCUUUCACUGUCCCCAUGGAAGGUAAAGGCUCUCGUCCAAAGAACAUGACCCCCUACAGAUCCCCACCACCUUACGUACCACCCUAAGGUUAGCUGGCUCCUCCAGAGGAGGAGAGGGGAAGCAGGGGGGACUUGUAACCGUCUCACACCAGUGUUGUCUGUUUGGGAGUAAGGGGUGGGAGGAGGAGGGUAGAGGCUCUGCAAAGUGGUAAUGAACUUCGGACAUUUUGGGUUGGGAGGGUUUUGUGCUGAUCUGAUCAAGGCUGAGUUAAGGUUGAACGAUGGGAGGGAGGGAGAACUAGGUGGUAGCCUCGGCAACAGUAGCCACAACAAUGACACUAUUCAGUCUCUCGUCGUCUCAUUGGCUACAGCUGAACAGCUAGAUUGAGAAGACACGCCCCUCCUGUCCCAGCAACUUUUUCUCCAUUUGAAACUAAAUGGCCUUUUUGUUUUAUUUUGUGUCUUUGGUUCUGGUUUUCUUCUGUUUUUUGACUUGACUUUAAGAUCAAACUACUUGCCUUUUUAAUCUUCUUUUAUCUUGAAUAAUACAAGAGGACAAUAAACAAACACAUUGCGGGCAAAAAGGUUUUUAAUGAUGAGA